GAGAUAAGAGAAUCAUGUUACAACAAAUAAGAUAAAAAAAGUCGAAAUCUUCCACAAAAGAACCAUCGACUCAGUUGUUGAUGUAAACAGCUGACCGACAUGGCUGACGUGGAUAGCAGCAAACUCGAGAUGCCGGACUUUGUGGAUCCGGGGGGCUAUGGGGAGGUGUCUGGCGAAAUCACUAUCCCCGGCACCGUAGGCAAGGCACAAGCCGACGAAUAUAACACAUUGGAUGAACCCGUCAGAGAAACUAUUCAGAAGGGCAAAGAGACAAGCACUGGGGAGUCUGAGCCUCGGCAAUACAACACACUAGAGGAGCCAGUCAGUGUCACCAUUAUGCGAGACCUCAGGGCAGUUGGCACAAAAUUCUAUCAUGUACUUUAUCCUAAGGAAAAAAAGGCUUUAUUAAAGGAAUGGGAUCUUUGGGGCCCUCUGAUACUCUGCACAUUUCUUGCCAUGAUGGUCCAAGGCUCAGAAGAUGCUGAUAGCGGUGAUGGAGGGCCAGAGUUCGCACAAGUGUUUGUCAUCGUGUGGGUCGGUGCAGCAGUCGUCACUAUGAACACUAAGCUCCUAGGAGGGACCAUAUCCUUCUUCCAGUCUGUGUGUGUCCUGGGCUACUGCCUCUUGCCAUGCUGCGGUUCCCUCAUCCUAUGUCGCCUCAUUCUCAUCGCCACGCAGAACAAGCUCCUUUUCAUCCUCAGAUUCAUCGUCACAGUCAUCGGUUUUGUCUGGGCAACAUUUGCGGCAAUGGUAUUCCUAGGUGACAGCCAGCCCAGUACGAGGAAGGCCCUGGCCGUGUACCCCAUCCUGCUCUUCUACUUUGUGAUAUCAUGGCUAAUCUUGUCGCACACAAAUGUCUGAGGGUCCAUGUGGUUUUUAUUUGAGGUCUUUUGCUAGCUGGAGAGGUGUAUGUAGUGUUAGGAUUGUUAUAGAUUUUUUUUUUUUCCUCCUUUUUUUCUCUCUAUAUAUGUGGGUAGCAUGAAUGAUGUGAGAAUUCAAGAGGACGGUCAUUGGGUGGGAGUCAGAGAAGGAGACAAAUCUCUCUCUGGCU